AUGUUGAAGAGGUACCACAACUGGUGGGCAACCAAUAUGGAAGUAUACCUGGCUAUUUCUCCUCAAGACCUACUAAUGGUGUUAGAUGUGCCUAAGCCCCAAGGAGCUGGAAUUGUUGCUUCUUCCACUGCCCUUACCAAUUCGGUUCUUAUGCCUGCUACUACACAGUCUGCUCCUACUGCCUCAACUCUUUCUAGAUUCUUCUUUUGCGAAGCCUCACAGGAAGAUUCUCCUCAGAAGACUCAAGCUCUAAAUCUUCUCAAAAGCAAACGGCAACAAAAGAAAAUGAGACUUUUACUUGAGCCUGAAAAGGAAGUACCUGAGGUUCAAGCAGAAGAAGAAGAAGAAGAAGAAGAAGAAGAAGAAAAUCAAGGGCAAGAGUCACCCUUGAAAAGAAGGAAAAGAGUGACCGUCUCUUCUUCUAACUUGGUUCAAGAUGAGACAACAAUACAGAGAAAACAGAAAAGAAAGAUGACUGUCUCUCCUUCUGAUUUCGUCGAAGAUCCUGUAUAUGAGGCAGCUGCCAAGGCAGUAAAACAGGAACACUCUAAGGCCAUAAUUGUUUUCGAGAGAGCUGAGAAGAGACGCUCUCCUAUUAUUGCCAACACUCCUGAAACAACAACAACUAUUGAGCCUAUUCUUCCAAUGAGGACUCCCUCAAUUUCAGUUGAAGUUGAUCAGCUGCAGAACGUGAGGACUAUUCAAAUCAUCCUUCCACUUCCCAAGCCUGCAUUUGAUGUACCCUCUUUGAGACCAAGCAUUCCUAAAUUCCUUUCUUUUGGUUUGACUCCAUAUCUUCCCCAUAUGACCUUUGACCCACCUCAAUUCGGUUCUCUUUCGAACCUUGCUCUUCCUCCUUCUUCCAAGGAAAUUCCAACUGCUAUUUCAUCUCUGAUGUCCUCUGUGCCUUCCACUACAGCUCUCUCUGCGCCCCUCAUGUCUACGGAUGAGGUAGAUAUCUUCGAAGCAAGACUAGCCAGUCUAUUCGACAUACCCUCUACCUCUCCAAUAGCCAAUGAUGAAGCUGAGCUAUUAGUCUUGGCUAACUCCUUGCUAGAAAUUCUUGAAAGCUCCUCUUCUUCUAGUAGCAAGCCUUCUGAACCUCUAAUGGACCUAGAAACCUGCCUGGAACUGAAAUCUGUUGUAAAAGAAUAA